AUGUUUGGUGCUGUAAAAGAUUUUAUUGGCAAACCUGCUCCACCAAAUUACGUUGCCGGUCUAGGUCGUGGUGCUACCGGUUUCACUACCCGAUCGGAUAUUGGUCCUGCCAGAGAAUCAGGCGACUUUGGCGAUGCCAAGGGAGCGGCAGGUGCAAAAGAAGGCAACGACGAGGACGACGAACGAUUCCAAGAUCCCGAUAAUGAGGUUGGCUUAUUCUCAGGAGCGCCUUACGAAGAAGAUGACGAAGAAGCCGACCGAGUGUGGGAAAUGAUUGAUACACGAAUGGAUGAAAGACGCAAAGCUCGAAGAGAGGCCAGAGAACGAGAAGAAUUAGAACGAUACCGUAAAGAGCGACCCAAGAUUUCACAACAGUUUGCUGAUCUUCGACGUCAAUUGUCCACCAUUGACGAAACUGAGUGGGCCAAUAUCCCGGAAGUCGGCGAUCUCGUUGGAAAGAACCGUAAACGCAAUAAGCAGCCAGAGCGCUUCACGCCUUUGCCCGAUACCUUGUUAGCUGCGGCACGCGAAAAGUCGCAGUAUGCUACCACUCUGGACGAAACGGAACAAAAGCUGGGAGGUAUCACGUCUUCCGUUGACAGUGGUAUGAUGACCAACUUUAGAGAAAUUGGUCAAGCUAGAGAUAAAGUGCUUGGAUUGAAAUUGGAUCAAGUGUCGGAUUCGGUUGCCGGUCAAACCACCAUUGAUCCCAAGGGUUAUCUGACCGAUCUCAACAGCAUGGUGCUGAAAAGUGAUGCUGAAAUUGGCGACAUUAAGAAAGCCCGUAUGUUGUACAAUUCUCUCAUCACCACCAAUCCAAAACACGCACCUGGUUGGAUUGCCGCCGCUCGUGUAGAAGAAGUCGCAGGCAAAAUGGCCCAAGCUCGCAGUAUCAUUGCCAAGGGUUGCGAACAAUGCCCCAAAAAUGAAGACAUCUGGUUGGAAGCGGCACGCUUAAACACGGUGGAUAACGCAAAGAUUGUUUUGGCCAAUGCGGUGAGAAGCUUACCUCAGUCGAUUCGUAUCUGGUUGAAAGCGGUGGAUUUGGAGACUGAUAACAAGUCCAAGAAACGCGUGUUGCGUCGUGCUUUGGAAUUCAUUCCCAACUCGGUGAAAUUGUGGCGUACAGCGGUGAAUAUGGAAGAGAAUCCGGAGGAUGCCAAGGUACUUUUAUCGCGUGCUGUUGAAUUGGUGCCCAACAGUAUCGAUUUAUGGCUUGCAUUGGCUCGCUUGGAAACCUAUGAGAAAGCGCAAAAUGUGCUUAAUAAGGCCCGUGUCACCAUUCCUACGAGCCAUGAAAUUUGGAUCGCUGCCGCUCGUUUGCAGGAAGAGCAUGGAGCGCCGGAAACUACAGAAAACGUGAUCAAGUCCGCCGUGAAGUUCUUGACCCAAAUUGGUGUAGUCUUGGAUCGCGAACAGUGGCUGAAAGAGGCCGAAAAAUGCGAAUCCAAUGGUUCCGUUUUGACGUGUCAAGCGAUUGUGCGUGCGACUAUUGGCCUUGGCAUUGAAGAAGAAGAUCAGAAAGCGAUUUGGAUGGAAGAUGCCGAAAGCUGCGUUGCGCACGGUUCCAUCGAGACUGCUCGCGCUAUUUAUGCGCAUGCAUUAAAGGUAUUCCCUGGAAGACAAUCUAUCUGGCAACAAGCCGCAUUUUUGGAGAAGAGUCACGGCACGCCCGAAAGUCUGGAGGAAUUGCUGCAACGUGCCGUUAAAUAUUGUCCUCAAGCCGAAGUGCUGUGGCUUAUGGGUGCCAAGGAGAAAUGGUUGGCAGGAGACGUGGACAGUGCACGAUCAAUUUUGGCCGAAGCGUUCCGAGCGAAUCCUAACAGUGAACAAAUUUGGUUGGCGGCUGUCAAGGUGGAAAGUGAAAGCAAAGAAUACCAGCGUGCGAGAGAGCUAUUGGAACGCGCAAGAAAAGAGUCCGGUACCACUCGUGUGUGGAUGAAAUCGGCCAUGCUCGAGCGACAGAUGGGCAACUACGAACAAUGUGUGGCGCUGAUCGAUCAAGGUCUCGACAAAUAUCCUACGGCUGAUAAAUUGUGGAUGAUCAAGGGACAAGUGGAAGAAGGGCUGGGUAACUCGGCCAAGGCACGCGAAGUGUACAACAAGGCGGUGAAGAAUUGUCCUAAGAGCAUUCCUCUGUGGAUAUUAUUGGCUCGAUUGGAAGAAAAAAUGGGCAUGGUGACCAAGGCGCGUGCGACCCUGGAGAAGGCCCGUUUCCUUAAUCCCAAGACUCCCGAUUUGUGGGUGCACGCUAUUCGAAUUGAACUGCGUGCGAAUAAUACCAGUGUAGCGAAAACGAUGGCGGCCAAAGCAUUGCAAGAAUGUCCCUCGUCAGGAAUGAUUUGGACCGAAGUCAUUUUCAUGGAAGCACGACCACAGCGAAAAGCACGAAGUAUUGAUGCGUUGAAGAAGUGCGAACAUGACCCUGUCAUUGUCACUACUGUAGCGCGUUUAUUCUGGACCGAUCGUAAAAUCGAAAAAGCGAGAGCUUGGUUCCAAAAGGCGGUCCAAAUCGAUCCCGAUUACGGUGAUGCAUUUGCUUGGUGGUAUAAAUUUGAAUUGCAAUAUGGCUUGGAGGAACAACAAGCCAUUGUGAUUAAACGGUGUAUUGCAGCUGAACCUCAUCAUGGUGAAGUAUGGCAAUCCACAGCAAAAGAUGUAGCCAACAUUGGACUCAAGACUGAAGGCAUUUUGAAACUUUGUAUUGAGAAACUAGAUGCGCAGUAA